AUGUCUUAUAUCCUGCAACUAGAAUCACUACAAAUUGCACCACUGCACUCCAGCCUGGGCAACAGAGCAAGACUCUGUCUCAAAAAUAUAUAUAUAUUUAUAUCAAAAUAUUUCAUUUUGGUUUUUCCUGCCAUCUUGGAUCCUGCUGGGAACAAGACUUCUAAAAGAAAAUAUGUCUGGAAGCUGUGGUCCAAGGCCGUUUUUGCUGGCUAUAAGCAGGGUCUCCGGAACCAAAGAGAGCACACAACUUUCCUUAAAAUUGACGGUGUUUAUGCCCGAGAUGAAACAGAAUUCUAUUUGGGCAAGAGAUGUGCUUAUGUAUACAAAGCAAAGAACAACAAAGUGACUCCUGGCGGCAAACCAAACAAAACCAGAGUAAUCUGGGGAAAGGUAACUCUGGCCCACAGAAACAGUGGCAUGGCUUGUGCCAAAUUCCGAAGCAAUCUUCCUGCUAAGGCUAUUGGACACAGAAUCCAAGUGAUGCUGUACCCUCAUGCUGUACCCCUCAAGGAUUUAAACUAAUGAAAAGUCAAUAAAUAAAAGUAGAUUUAUGCUCUUGUAAAAAAGCAUUUCAGGCCGGGC